AAUGCAAUUCAGGUGUUUUUCCAAUAAGGUCCAUAAAAAACUUAACAGCUGUUGUAAAGUUUGCUCUGUUCUUUUUUUCUUGUGGAUUUAAACGGUGCAGCAGUAAAUUAAUGUAAUCGUGACCUUGAGUUGGUCAAGAAACAACAAAUUUUUAUCUUGUUAUUAUAGAAAAGUGUGAAAAUUUUAAGUUUUCAUAGAAUAAUUGCAUUGUAAAACAUUCCUUCCAGUUACAUCAUUAAUAGUUUUGUUAUUUAAAAAUUGUGUGAUAAGAACAAAAGCUGAUUUUUAACCUUGAACUGUUUAUUUCUAUUGCGGAAGUUUUAUAAGAAUUGUAAUUAAAAUAUGGCACAAACUUAUAAAAAUGUAACCCAUUGUAUUUUUGACAUGGAUGGCUUAUUAUUAGAUACUGAACCUGUGUACGAGGAAGUCAUAAGGCAAAUAGCACAAGAAUAUAAUAAAACGUAUCCCAUAGAGGUGCGUCUUAAACUUUUGGGCACUACGGAACCACGCACUGCUGAAAUUGCGGUUACCGAUAUGGGUUUACCCAUCAGUCCGCAAGAGUUUUUGGAAAAAUUCCAUAAGUUAUGCCGUACGCUAUUAGCCAAUUGUCCAUUGAAGCCAGGAGCUGAACGACUUUUGCGUCAUUUACAUGCGCACAAUAUACCCUUCUGUUUGGCCACCAGUUCAGGAGAGGAAAUGGUCGAAAUAAAAAUCACCAACCAUCGUGAAGUGUUUAAACUAUUCCAUCAUCGUGUUUGCGGUUCUACCGAUGCUGAAGUAAAACAGGGUAAACCAGCUCCUGAUAUUUUCCUUAUUGCUGCAUCACGUUUUCCUGACAAACCAGAUCCAGCCAAAUGUUUGGUUUUCGAAGAUGCACCAAAUGGUGUUAAAGCUGCUCAUAGUGCUGGCAUGCAAGUGGUAAUGGUACCCGAUGAACGUGUACCCUUGGAAAUGUCUGCUUUGGCUACUCAACGUUUGAAAUCAUUGGAGGAUUUCCAACCGGAAUUGUAUGGUUUACCACCAUUUGAAAAGUAAAUGUUCAGAAAGAUGUAUUUUGAAUAUGAAUGUGCGUUGCAAUUAGUAUUGGCUUUUUUAUGAUUAUUUAAAACAUAUGUAUGUACCUUUUUAGUAAAAUUACAAAUUUAUUUGUAAACAAAACUGCAAGCUGAGCUUAACUUAAAUUUAGGUUUAAAAAACCUAAAUCACACUACUACCUUAUAAGAAUUUAAAUAAAUGUAAAAUUUUUAAAAAGCAAA